AUGAGCAAAAGAGCAACGAGUAACGGGCCUGUUCCUUCGCCUCACGAUGGCAACAGUGCGAUUCAGUCCGAUACAGAAGAAGAUAGUUUUGUAGGAACAAGAACGCCUAGUAGGAGGGCGAGUUCGAUUUUUUCAUUUGACAUAACACCGUUGGAACCACCUAAUCAGAGUGACAUUGAGAAAUUCACAAGUGACGCGUACCAUUUCAGUAUGAUACGAAACUUGCAUUUGGCCGAUUUUAUCACCAUGAUGAAUGGGUUCAGUGGUUUUUACUCAAUUGUGAGCUGUUUGAGGUUUACAUUGACGGGUAAACCACACUAUGUGCAAAGAGCGCAUUUUUUCAUUUUACUUGGAAUGUUCUUCGAUUUUUUCGACGGAAGAGUCGCGAGAUUGAGAAACAGAUCCUCGUUGAUGGGUCAGGAAUUGGAUUCUCUAGCCGAUUUGAUUUCAUUUGGUGUUGCACCUGCGUCCAUCGCUUUUGCCAUUGGUUUCCAAUCUACCAUUGACGUUCUGGUUUUGUCGUUUUUCGUUCUUUGUGGACUUGCUAGACUUGCCAGAUUCAACGUCACGGUGGCUCAAUUACCCAAAGACGUUUCCGGGAAGUCCAAGUGGUUCGAAGGUUUCCCCAUCCCAACGUCUCUUGCGUUGGUGGCGGCCAUGGCUUUCUUGGUACACCAGGGUCUUAUCUUAGAGAGUUUGCCCUUUGGGAUCUAUGCGAAGGGUGAAUGGUACGAACUUCAUCCUGCGGUUUUGGCGUUUGGUGUACAUGGAUGUGGCAUGAUUUCCAAGAGUCUCAAAAUCCCAAAGCCUUGA